AAACCCUAAAAGAUGACGCUAUCUAUUUCCAUGGUCUCUUUAGCCCGAAUUAUUUAAUCUUUCAUAGCAAUCGAAGCUCCCAAUAAGUCUACAACUUCCCUUGUUAGGUGCAGUAAAAGGAAGUCCAGCCAAGGCUUUGAAGAUUUUUUUAAGGCAAUUUGAGUGCUAAAGCUGUUGACGUGACCCAAGCGUUGAAGAAUUUAGAUAAAAAAGGAGGCGACUUUGGAUCUUUGAAGAAGAAUGAGCUGACAAGUGUGAACGAUCACUAUGCCUAAAUGGAAACCAAUCGCCUCCAGCCAUAUAAUUGAAUUGGAUAGUAGCUACUUGCCAAAGGAGACCCCGCCUUUCGUGUUUGGCUCUGCCUCUUUGUUUAUUGAGAAUUAGGGUUCAGUGAUGCGAUAGUGUGGAAUCUUGCACGUAAUCUUCUAUCUUGGCCUCAGUCGGUAAACACAGAGGGAAAAACAUGGGAAGAAAAUUCAUUCAGGAAGUCCCGAAUGGAUUUACAUUGAGAGGAAUGCUAUCGGAGUCAAACGUGCCAUUUAUUUUCCUUUAAAAAAAGAGCUUAUCACUGAAAUCUGGGGUUUUGAGUGAUACCUUUCAAUUCUGUUGGGAACUCGUCUAGUUUUUUUUAGUUGUGGAUAUAAAAGUUCUUUUCUUACUAUUGCAAGGAAAGCACUUGAAGGUAUAUUGAAGUGAAGCAAAUAUGAGUUCGCAGUUUGAAAGAGAGGAAACAAACAAAAAUAAGGGAAGAUUUGCUGCCAUUGUUGUUUGCUGGGUCUUAGGGAAUGGAUCUCUCAUCUCAUGGAACAGCAUGCUUACUAUUGUCGACUAUUAUACUACAAAAUUUCCGAAGUACCAUCCCACGAGAGUACUUACACUAGUUUACCAACCUUUUGCCUUCGCAAUGCUUGCAAUACUCACCUAUCAUGAAGCAAAGCUUAAUACUAGAAUCCGGAACAUAUGUGGAUACACGUUGUUUUUUAUAAGCUCAUUACUUGUGAUAGUUUUAGAUCUAGCAACAUCAGGGAAAGGAGGGGCUGGACCCUUCAUUGGCAUUUGCCUUAUAAGUGCAGCUUUUGGAGUUGCUGAUGCACUUGCUCAAGGUGGGAUGGUUGGUGAUCUGGCCUUAAUGCGUCCAGAAUUCAUUCAGUCAUUCCUUGCUGGUUUGGCUGCUUCCGGGGCAUUAACCUCUGCUUUGAGGCUGAUUACUAAGGCAGCUUUUGAGCAUAGUCAUGACGGUCUUCGCAAGGGAGCCAUGAUUUUCUUUGCGAUUGCUUCAUUUUUGGAGUUUCUUUGUGUUCUACUAUAUGCAUUUGUCUUUCCCAAGCUUCCAAUCGUAAAGUACUAUCGAUCGAAGGCAGCUUCUGAAGGAUCAAAAACAGUUUCAGCAGAUCUUGCAGCUGCUGGCAUCCAACUGCAGAACAAGCCAAAUGCUGAAGAAGAUCCAAAGCAAUUAGAGCGUAUGACUAUCAAGCAGUUGUUGAUGCAGAACUUGGAUUAUGGACUGGACUUGUUUCUUAUAUAUGUUCUAACUUUGUCAAUUUUCCCAGGCUUCUUGUCUGAAGACACUGGGGUCCACCAACUUGGUUCUUGGUAUUCUCUUGUUUUGAUCGCAAUGUAUAAUGUGCUGGACCUCAUUGGAAGAUUUACUCCUCUCAUCAAACAAAUCUGCAUAGAAUCAAGGAAAGGCCUUAUGAUUGCAAUUAUUUCCCGUUUUCUGUUCGUUCCUGCAUUCUAUUUCACUGCAAAAUAUGGAGGACAGGGUUGGAUGAUACUCCUCACAUCAUUAUUAGGGUUAACUAACGGUCAUCUUACCGUUUGUGUUCUCACUGCAGCCCCAAAGGGUUACAAGGGACCAGAGGCUAAUGCCUUGGGAAAUUUGCUGGUUCUGUUUCUUUUAGGUGGUCUUUUUUCAGGAGUUGCAUUAGAUUGGCUAUGGCUUAUUGGCAAAGGCUGGUGAGGUUAUUGAUCAGCCACUUCAGUUUCUAAAUUCCAGUCAGAAAGUAAUCUUAAAUUUAGAUUUUUUAAAAAAAAUCAAUUUUAAGGUUUUUUUUUUUUGGGUAAAGUGAACUAAUUCAAGAUCGACAUCUUGAAUUUUUUAUCACAAAAUAAGUGUUGAAAAUCAUUUGCUUGCUAAUGCAGCAAUGGAGCUUCUCCAUUGCUUCUGCAUUUUUUACUUUAAUAUUUCAUUAAUGAAUCAUGUUUUGUGAUGGUAA